GUUACAGUACAAAUGCAGAACUAGUAUGAAUCGAGAGAGCAAAGAAACCCAUUUCCUUACAAUGACCAAACUACCCUCGCCCCAUGGCUUAAUCCUGACGUAAAAAUCCCUCUCUACCUCUAUCCUUUCUCGUCCAUUCGCACUGAAAGAACCACAAUGGACGGCGGCGGAAACAGAGCCGAAGCGGAGCGGUGGCUCUACACCGCGAACAAGCUACUGAGCGCACGCGACCUGCACGGGGCUCGCUCGUUCGCGAUCCGUGCCCGCGAGUCUGACCCGACGUUCGACUCGUCUGAGCUACUCCUGACGGUGAUCGACACCCUCCUCGCCGGAGAAUCGCUGAUCAACGACCAGCACCGCGACUGGUACGGGAUCCUCCAAGUCCUCCGAUACUCCUCCAACAUGGACCACAUCGCUGCCCAGUACCGCCGCCUCGCCCUCCUCCUCGACCCUCACCGGAACCCCUUCGCCUUCUCCGGCAACGCCUUCUCCCUCGUCCACGACGCCUGGUCCGUCCUCUCCAUCCCUGCCAAGAAGGCCAUGUACGACAGCGAACUCCGAUUGCUCACCACCCCUCUGCCGCAGCAGCCUCAACCGCAACCGAAGAGAAACCCUAGAUCUAGGGACGGCGCGACCGAGUCGAAUCGGCAGAAUCACGAGUCCGCCGAGUCGACCCGGCAAACUCGGACUGCCGGUGCCGAAACGGAGGGCGACACGAGCUUCUGGACCUCGUGCCCGUACUGCUACGUUCUGUAUGAGUAUCCGAAGGGGUACGAGGAAUGCACCCUGCGGUGCCAGGGUUGCCGGAGGGGUUUCCAUGCGGUGGUGAUACGGUCACCGCCGUUGAAUGGGAGAGAUGUUUCGUUUUGCAGUUGGGGGUUUUUGCCGUUAGGAUUUUCGGGUGAUUCCAAAGAUAUCAAUGGGUUUUCUUCCAAUUGGAACCCGUUUUCCCCUUUGUUUCCUUGCCCCUUGAAAGGAUCAUCCAAUAGGAAACCUCAGAAGAAUUGGGCUUACUAUGAUGACGCCGCCACGGCCGCGUUUAUUGAGAUUUCUGACCCUAGCGAGGAUGAUUCUGAUGAUGGGGACUGGAGAGGAGUUGGUAAGAAGAAGAGGAGGAGGUCAAGGAUUGAAAGGAGGAAAGGUUAUGGCUAUGGUAGUGUUCAUGGUGGUGCUGCAGGGCAUGAUAAUGUGGGUACUGGUGGGUCUGCAGUGCCAAGUGGUGGUAAGGCAGAGUCUAGUAAGAAAGCUGCAUUGGCUAGUUCCAGGAGGAGGGGUGCAGGAAACUUGGAUUUGAAUGUGGAGUUCAGUAAUGAGGUGGAGGAGCCUUCCCGCGGGGCGCGUGAUCGAGAAGGGAACACAACUGGAAAUGCUGAGGAUAAUAUUGAAGGGAUUGGGUUUUUUGAGGGUCUUGAUGAAUUCCUCAAUAGCUUACCCAUUCUCAAUGUUGUGGCAGAUGAUAAGAUAAAACCUUGUCAUAAAGGAAUGUUUUGUCGGUGAUGUAAUGAAAAACUUAGUCGUGAUCUGUGUGUUGCUCUCUCUCUCUCUCUCUCUCUCGCCACAUAUGUAAUGCUUGAAGUGGAGUUUGACAUAACGGUCAGACACUCAAAUUGCAAUUGCAAACUAAAACUCUUACAGAUUUAUACAACUGGUAUUUGACCCGAAUGCACCCUGCGUAGAGCGGGAGCUUUAUAGCUCC